AUGGCGGAGAAAAUCUUUGAAUUAGGAGAUGCGAUUGUGUACUUUGAAAAUUUAUUGAAACUUGCACAGGAACAGGAAGAUAAAGAGGAUGAAAUGCGCGCAUAUUUUGGAUUAGGCGAUGCCUACAAAUCUAACAAUCAGCUUCAAACUUCAAUUCGAUACCAUGAAAAAUCGUUGAAAAUUGCACAGGAAAGGGGAGACAGGGUGAACGAAACUCGCGCUUACCUUGUAUUAGGAGAUACUUAUAAACUGAACAAUCAAAUUCCAGCAGCAAUAGAAUAUUUUGAAAAGUCACUAAGGUCCGCACAGGAACAGGGAGAUAGAGAAUUUGAAACACGUGCAUAUUUUGCAUUAGCGGAAAGCUAUAGAAUAAACAACAAUAUUCAAACUGCAAUUGAUUACUAUGAAAAAGCAUUGGAAAUUACAAAAGAAGAAAACAGCGAGUUUGCAACACUUACAUAUCUCCGCCUAGGAGAAGCUUAUCGAUUGAACAAUCAAAAUCAGACCGCAAUUGAAUAUUAUGAAAAAUCAUUAAAAAUUGCACUGAAACGUGAAGAUAAAGAGCGUCAAGCACAUGCAUAUCUUGGGUUGGGAGUAACUUAUAGAUUGAACAAUCAGAUUCUAACGGCAAUUGAAUAUUAUGAAAAAUUAUGGAAGAUUGCACAGGAACGAGACGACAGCGAGUAUGAAACACGUGCAUAUCUUGGGUUAGGGGAAGCUUAUACAUUGAAUCAUCAGAAUAAAAAAGCAGUUGAGUAUUAUGAGAAAUCAUUAAAAAUUGCGCUAGAGCAAGGCGAUGGAGAGCAUGAAAUGCGGGCAUAUCUUGGGUUGGGAUUAGCUUAUAGAUCGAACGAUCAAAUUCAAACGGCAAUUGAGUAUUAUGAAAAAUUAAUCAAAAUUGCCCAGGAACAAGAAGAUAAAGAGCGUAUAACAUACGGAUAUUUUCUAUUAGGCGAAGCCUACAGACUGAACAAUCAGUCACAAAAGGCAAUUGAAUACUAUGGAAAAUCUUUGAAAAUUGCACAGGAACGAGAAGACAAAGAGAAUGAAACACGUACAUAUUUUCAGUUGGGAGAUGCUUAUAGAUCGAACAAUGAGAUUGAUAAGGCAAUUGAGUACUAUAAAAAAACGUUGGGAAAUCUACACGGAGGAGAAAAUAGACUGUAUGAAACGCAUGCAAAUCUUGGAUUAGCAGAUGCUUACAAAGUAAACAAUCAGAUUGACAAGGCAAUUGAGUACUAUGAAAUAUCAUUUAGAAUUGCACAGGAACGAGAAGAUAGAGAGAGUGAAACACGUGCAUAUCUUGGGUUAGGAGAUGCUUACAAAGUGAAUAAUCAGAUUGACAAGGCAAUUGAGUACUAUGAAAUAUCAUUUACAAUUGCACAGGCACGAGAAGAUAGAGUGACUGAAAUGCGUGCAUAUCUUGGCUUAGGAGUAGCUUAUACAUCGAAAAAUCAGAAUGAAAAGGCAAUCGAAUACUUUAGAAAAUCAUUGAAAAUUUCACAGGAACGAGAAGAUACUGAGAAUCAAACACGUGCAUAUCUUGGAUUAGGAGUAGCUUAUUCGUUUAACGAUCAGAUGCAAAUGGCAAUUGAAUGUUAUGAAAAAUCACAUGCCUUAGGACGAGAAGAUAGAGAGCGUGAAACAUUUGUGUAUUUUGCAUUAGGAGAAGCGCACAGAUUAAACAAUAACAUUGAACAAGCAAUUGAAUACUAUGAAAAAUCACUAGAGAGUGUACAGGAAGGAAAAGACAAUGAGUAUGAAGCACGUGCCAAUCUUGGCUUAGGAGAUGCUUACAAAGCGGGCAGUCAGAUUCAGAAGGCAAUUGAACACUACGAAAAGUCAAUGAGAAUUGCACAAAAACGAGAAGAUAGAGAAAACGAAACACGUGCUUACAUCGAGUUAUUAGAUGCUCAUAGAUUGAACAAUCAGUUUCAAAGGACUUUUAAAUACCAUGGAAAAUUAUUAUCGAAAAUUACACAGGAUGAAGAAGAUAGCGAGUUUAAAACACGUGCCUGUAUUGGGUUAGAAGAAGCUUAUAGAUCGGGCAAUCAGAUUAAGACGGCAAUUGAGUACUACGAAAAAUCCUUAGCACUCGCCCAAGAACGGGAUGAUAAAGAGCAUCAAACAUGUGCAUAUCUUGCUUUAGGCGAUGCUUAUAAAAUGAAUAAUCAGUUACAAACGGCAAUUGAAUGUUAUGGCAAAUUAUUGAAAAUAGCAAAAGAACGAGAAGAUAGAGAGAAUGAAACACGUGCUUAUCUUGAGUUAGGAGAAGCGCACAGGUUGAAUAAUCAAAUUGAGAAAGCUAUUCACUGCUAUGAAAAAUCGUUGCAAAAUGUACAGGAACAAGAUGACAAAGGGAAUCAAACACGUGCAAAUCUUGGUUUAGGAGAUGCUUACAAAGCAAACAAUCAGUUUCGAAACGCAAUUGAACACUAUGAAAUAUCGUUGAGAAUUGCACAAGAAAGAGAAGAAAGAGAGAAUGAAAUACGUGCAUAUAUUGAGUUAGGAGAUGCCUAUAGAUUGGACAAUCAGAUGGCGAAAACAAUUGAAUACCAUGGAAAAUUAUUAUUGAAAAUUGCACAGGAACGAGGGGACAGAGACUUUGAAAUACGUGCAUGCCUUAGCUUAGGCGAAGCUUAUAAACUAAACAAUCAAAUUCAAAUAGCAAUUGAAUAUUAUGAAAAAUCAUUAAAAAUUGCCCAAGAGCGCGAAAAUGGAGAGCACGAAAUGAGUGGAUACCUUGCACUAGCAGAUGCUUAUAGACUUAACAAUCAGUUACAAAAGGCAAUUGAAUGCUGUGAAAAAUUAUUGAAAAUUGCACAGGAACGACAUGACAAAGAGAAUGAAACACGGGCUUAUCUUGGGUUGGGAGAAGUUUGUAGAUCGACCAAUCAGAUUGAAAAGGCCAUUGAAUAUUUUGAAAAAUCAUUAACAAUUGCCCAGGAACAAAACGAUAGACAAAACGAAAACCAUGCAAAUCUUGGGUUAGGAGAUGCUUACAAAGCAAACAAUCAGAUUCAAAAGGCAAUUGAAUACUAUGAAAAAUCAUUGGAAAUUGUACAAGAACACGAAGAUAGAAAAAAGGAAAUAUGUGCAUAUGUUGAUUUGGAAGAUGCUUAUAGAUUGAACAAUCAGAUUCAAAAGAAAUUUGAAUACCAUGGGAAAUUAUUACUAAAUAUUGCCCAGGAACGAGAAAAUACUGAUGAAGCAAAUUCAUAUCCUGGUUUCGGAGGAGCUGAUACAUCGAGCAACCAGAUUGAAAAGGCACUUGAAUUUCAUGCAGUAUUACUGAAACUCGCAAAAAAACAAGAAGCUAGACAGAAUGAAUCACGUGCAUAUUUUGGAUUAGGGGAAGCUUAUAGAAUCAACAAUCAGAUACAAAUAGCCAUUGGAUACUAUGAAAAAUCGUUGGGAAUUGCACAGGAACAAGAGGACAGAGAGAAUGAAACGCGUUCAUAUCUUCUGUUAGGAGAUGCUCAUCGAUCAAACCAUCAGUUUGAAGAGGCGAUUGCAUAUUAUGAAAAAUCAUUGCGAAUAGCACAGGAACAAGAGGAUAAUGAGAAUGAAACACUUGCAUAUCUCGGGAACGAGAGGACAAACGGAAUGAAACACGUGCAUACCUUGGGUUGGGAUUAG